AUGGUCUCGUACUUGUUGUCAACUCAUAAUUUCAUGGCCACCAACACAAACAAUGGCGGUGGAAGCCACAACCACCUGUCGUCGUCGUCGUCGACAUCGCUGGACGGCAGUCCGUACCGGCACAUGUACUUCUCGAGGCGGCAGAAUUCCGGCCAGGCCAACGACAUGGACACCAAUAAGUUAGUGCCGCCCAUAGUGUUCGCCGUCUUCGCCGUCAUCAUCUGGGCUGUUUGCAGCAGAGUCCUCCGGACUGACACGGUGGAGCAGGAGGCAGCCACCGGAGGCGGGGACGAUGACACUGCUGCGCGUCAGCUGCAGAGCAACGAAGCCGGCGACGACGACGGCUGGGUCGACAGGGCACCGUCAUCAACGACGGUGGCUGGCGCGGCCGCUGUGGAGAUGGUGCGGCCGUCCGACGAGCCACCGCUGGUGUGCACGUACCGGAAGGCUGACGGGUGGCGGGAGGGCUCUUGCGGCGUGUGCCUGGCGGACCUCGACGACGGCGAGGCCGUCAGGGUGCUGCCGGCGUGCAUGCACUACUUUCACGCCGCCUGCGUCGGCAAGUGGCUGCGCGUGCACGCCACCUGCCCGCUCUGCCGCGCACCGCUCGUCUCUCCCGCCGACGCCACCACCUAA